GAUUAGAUUAUUAAAACCUGAAAGCUAUGGAGCCCAGUUUCAUAAUAGUUAUAAUAACUACCAUUCUUCUGCACCUGACAGCUUUAUUAAACUCAAAGGAAAUCAUCAAGAAUCUCCCUGGUUUUCAUGGUGAUCUCCCAUUCACACUUGAAACUGGAUACGUGGGAGUUGGAGAAGAUGAUUCAGUUCAGUUUUUUUACUACUUUGUUGAGUCUCAAAGAGACCCGAUGCACGAUCCUCUUGUUCUUUAUUUCGCGGGCGGUCCGGGCACUUCAGGGCUUUUUCCUUUACUUCAACAGAUUGGUCCACUUACUAUCCUUUCCGAUAGUUCGAAGAGGAAUAAUGUUACACUGGAGUUGAACCCCAAUUCAUUGACAAAGGUUGCUAAUGUAAUAUUCGUAGAUGAACCAGCUGGUGUAGGGUUUUCAUAUGCUACAACUUACGAGGGAACCAAGAGUAGUGAUUCCAUUUUAGCUUUGCAUAGUUAUCAAUUUCUAACAAAGUGGGUUUUGGAGAAUCCAAGGUUUCAAAAUCAUCAAUUGUACAUAUCUGGGAUUUCAUACAUGGGCCUUCUUGUACCAAUGGUUGCUUUAGAGGCAUACAAAGGCAAUGAAGAUGGAAAUCAACCACAGUUGAAUAUUAAAGGAUACCUAAUCAUUAGCCCACUCACCGAUAAAUUCAUUGAUUUUAAUUCAAGAUUUGAGUAUGCUCACCGGUUUGCACUUAUAUCAGACGAUAUCUACAAGUCUACAAAAGAAGCUUGUGGUGGUAAGUAUAUAUACAAUGAUGCGAACAAUAUUCUAUGUUCAAGUAAUCUCCAACGUGUUGAUGAGUGCAUAAGCGGAAUUAACUUAGAAAAUAUAUUGGAGCCGUUGUGUGAUGAUGCCGAUCCAGAGCCACCCUGUGUCGCAGCUACCAAUGUAGUUAUAGAAGAUUGGGCUAACGAAGAAGAUGUUCAGAAAGCUCUCCAUGUUCGCGAGGGAACAAUAGAAACAUGGAAGAAAAACAAUGAAACUAUGCAUUACUAUUUUGAGAAAAAUGACACUACAUGUUACUCAUAUGACAUCUUCAGCACUAUUGUCUACCAUAAACAGCUUGUUUCUAGAAAUUGCCAGGUCUUGAUCAUCAGCGGUGAUCAUGAUAUGACAUUUCCAUAUGUGGGAACAGAAGAAUGGAUAAAAUCUCUCAAUGUUCCAAUUGAAAGCCCUUGGAACCCAUGGUUCGUUGAUAAUCAAGUCGCUGGAUAUCAGAUGACAUAUGGAAAGAAUGGAUACUCAUUAACAUAUGCAACUGUUAAGGGUGCGGGUCAUUCAGUGGCAUUCAACAAACCGGAAGAAUUUUCUGCUCUUGUGUAUGGGUGGCUUGAUCAUUAUGCUUAUAUAAGUGAUUCUUAAGCAAAGCAGAUGUAAUGUUAUUGUCAGUGUUGUUAGUUUUAUUAGAUGGAAACAAAAACCAUGAAGUUUUGAAUUAUAAUGGUUUGAAAUGAAUGCAUGGGCAUGAAUUUUAUUAGGUAAAAUAAUAAGAACGGCCAUUUUUAGAACAAA